UCAUUUCCUCUCCAUAAUUUGUACAAAUUUACCUUUAAAGUUGUUUCCUCUACUUCUUCUGGGUUAGCAUGAUCAGGUCUUCCUGUCAUGUGACCCCUGGGUUCUGAUGUUACCAUGUUGCAUUUUAGGUUGUUGGAGGAAGCAUUGGCACCAACCCAUCUCUUCCUUCAAAUGAUGCCUGCAGUGUCUUGCAUCUUGGUCCAAUCCUCGCAGUGGCUGUCUUCAUUCUACAAAGAUCUCACAAUGGAAACAAAUUUUCAUAUGAUCCCAGGAACUCGAGUUCCCCAGGAUUUUCCACUGGCACCUGGUCUAAAAAUGAUUGGAAGCCCCAAUGUGCAUCAGAGUUACAAAUCCUCUAGCAUGCCAUUGAACCCAGUCACCCAAGGUUCUUCAAGUACCUCAGGUCCACCAUAUGCACAAGAUUCUCAAGAAACAAGGACACACGUUUCUCCCAAUGAUCCAAGGAGGCAACAGAAGCGCACAGUGUUCACCAAGGAGCAAAAGCUGGUCUUAAAAGUACACUUUGAUAAGGGGAUGUACCUGACCCAAAAGGAAUGCAAGGAACUCUCUGAAACGUUAAGCUUGAAGGAGUCGAAUAUCAAGAUCUGGUUUAAGAACAGGCGAGCUAAAGAGAAUCGCAGAAAGGCUCGAGAACUACCUGGUAAUCCUGGCUAUGGAUCUCAUGAAAGAACAGAUUCCCCCACAGGCCAUGUUCCUCUUGGUACAUAUGCCAGUGCUGAUUCCCAGUCUCAGAGCCCUUGCAUAAUAAGCUCUACUCCUCACCUUAGCUCCUCAAGUAACUCCUCAGACCAUGAACCCAACUUAUCUACUGCUGAUCAGAUGUUUGAGGAGGAAUGCUUCAAGAAGAGCCCAGUUAGGGAGAGGCAGCAGAGGCAGAAGGAUAUAGAACUGGCUGAGAAGGGAGGCCACCAAUCACAUGGUAGGUAUGAACUUCUCGAAUAUUGUGUCCUCCCUGAUGCAUCAGCCACCUCAGAUUCUAGGCGUGAGACACAAUCGGGUGUCAGUGCUCCUCCUGUACUCAGCCAUUUGAAUAUUGCCCCACACUUGGAACCUAUCUUCUCCAUGUGUCAGAGACCUUCACUUGUGACCCCUCCUCCUCAGUUCAGUUCCUUGAACAAUUCACUAGACCAGGUAUCCAUUUUCUGCAAGAUCGACAGGGCCUGUGAGGAGAUCUUGAAAAAGAAUAAGAGAUCCAGGGAGCAGAGGCAGCAGAGAAAGAAAAAUAGAGAACUCCCACAGAUGGGAGGCCAGGAUUCCCAUGCUAAAUAUGCCAGCCCCGAUGGUACUGUCCUCAUGGCCUCUGCUUUUGAGGAUUCCUCACCCCAGCAACAACUGGGUGUCCAUGCUCCUCCUCAAGUCAGCCCCUCCAUUAUUUCUCCCGACUCAGAAUCCAUGUUCUCAAUGUGGGGGAGCCCAUUCCAUGACAGCUUUCCUCCUCCCCUUAGCCCAAGUUGUUUCCCAGAGCCAGAUUCCACCCUUUCCAUCAAUCAGACCAAUAAAUGUCUCUUACAUGAAACAUUGAAGUGCGCACAAGCUGGCCAGUUCGCGGCAGCUGAAGAUAGAAUCCCUGGUCAGUCUGCCAAUUGUGCGACAUCUGCCCACCCGGCACCCGCCCAAGGUCCAGACCCAGUCUGUCCCCCAGUUUCCAGCACAGCUUCAACAGCAGCUGCAGAGGCUGGAACAGAAAGUGAGACAGAAUCAGCUGACCCCACUCCAGUCUCUGAGAAUGACCAAGGCUACAAGGACAACGCAGAUCAGCUCUUUAUUGAAAAUCUCUGUAAACUGGAUGCCCUCCUAGGCCAUGUGUCACCACCUGACUUAGGUGACGACUUUCCACUGCUUGACUUAUUUUAACAACUCCUGAUCCUGAUGGUGCUUACACCCAUGCCUUCAACUACCACAGAAUGGAGAUCACACACAGCUUCCAACACACCGUUCAGUUCUUUUUGCUGAGACAAAAUUCUAACUCUAUGCAUCCCAGGUUGACCUUUAAUAUUCAGAAAACUGCCUGAUUUCAUUCCCACAAUUUUGUUACUACAAUUUGAGGCUGAGACUUUGGACACAGAGUAUUAAUUGUUUAGUGUUUUUGUUUCUGUUUGGGGUUAACUGUUGAUUAUGUAUAUACACUAUGUAAAAUUUGUGCAAAUAUUGUGAGAGAGCAUUUCUUCACAUUGUUCAGGAUGCCUAUACAUUCUGGCUAUCCACUUUCUGCACACAGAAUUGUGAGUUUCUCGGUGUGAGCUAAUACACCUGGCCUAUUAGCAUCUCUCCUGAA